GGCAAAUGUUCCUGAUGAACCGGUUCUUCGACGGGGCGUUCCUGACGUUCGGAAUCGACGUGGUGACGUUCAUGGAGUCAGACCAGGAGGAACGCAUCGACCCCAUGAUCUUCAUCUUCCCGCGCAUGACCAAGUGCACUUUCUAAUAUGGCGUCUCCGGAGAAGUGGAGCGUCACGACGCCGUCUGCAUCCUCCCGCUCAACGUCGUCAGGAAGAUUUACAUCUUCCUAUGGUUCUGGUUCCUCAUACUUGGCGUCCUCACGCUCGGCGUCGUCUUGUAUAGGAUAGUAAUAAUCCUGUCGCCGCGCAUGCGCGUCUACCUGCUUCGCAUCCGGUUCCGACUGAUCCGUCGGGACGCAAUCGACGCGAUAGUGCGUCGCAGCAAGAUGGGCGACUGGUUCCUGUUCUACAUGCUGGGCGAGAACAUAGACGCCAUCAUCUUCCGUGACGUCAUGCACGAACUGGCAGCGCGGCUCGGCCACCACAAGACCGACAUGCAGGACGCGUAACAUUCACUUGCGCCUUCCCGCCACGCAGCGAG